AAAUUUGUAUUUCAUUAUCGUUUCUUAAGCGUUAGAACUUAGUCGCAUACUAUAUUUUUACAAUUUAUAAAUACUUAAAUAAUAAAAAUGGCUAUUUUGAAAUAUAGAUUAUUUAUGAUGUUUUUAACAACUUAUUAUAUUUUCGAUAGUGUAUUCGCAACCCCAAGUAUUUCCUCAGUUAUUGCGAUAUUAUCUAGCACAGCAGUUAAACCAUUAGAGAAUUUAGGAUUCAAUGGUGAAUUAGAUCACGAUUUGAAUUUACCGGUAGAACAUAGAGAUCCAAUGAAAAAAGAUUUAAUAAAAAGUUAUAAAGCUUUUUUAAACCACUUUAAUCAAAGGAAUGAAUUUCUUUGGUUCUAUGCAAUAAAAACUUUAAGAGAAUUGGACGCUGAAUUCAAUAAGAAGAAUUGAUUUUUCAAUCAACAUUGAUGAUGAUUAUCUUAAUUUACUAUUACUAUAUUUUAUGUUUUCGUAUUACCUAUUAUACAUUUCAACUUUUAAUUCUAAGCAACUGUAUUUACAAUAAAUUUAGAUAAUUUUUUUUCAGAUAGAUACUCAAUACAUAAUAAUAGUUUAAUAGUUCAUAAUUCAUAAGAAAAAAAUAAAAUUAAAAAUAGAAAUAUACAUAA